AAGAGUGCAUUGAGGUCAGCCUGCAUAUGAGAUGCUGGAGACUGAUCCAGACUGGGCACCAUCUCUCGAUCUGGGCCACAUGGAUACCACAUGCACAGACACAGCACGCUCUGCAAGGAGAGGUAAGCGGGAGCAGCUGAAAAAUGUCACACAGCAGCAAGUUAGGACUCAAGAGGCUGGACAUCACCCUCCUGAGGAGGACACACAAGAAGCUGAGGAAGGUGGCCAGGCACACCAUGAAGAGGGCACUCAGGACAACAUUGAGGAGGUGCCAGAGACUGAAUGUCAUCUGUGUGCUCUCAGGUCUGCCGAAGUAAACCGCUUGUUUGACGAAAACCGAGAGCUACGUCGUGAACUAGAGGAAUACAGAAUGUCUGAGGGUUUCUUUGGAGAUAGUGAUGAUAAAGUGAAGUACUAUACAGGUCUGCCAAACCUGGCAACAUUUAUGGCUCUAUUCAAUUUCUUGGUGCCUCUAAUGGCAGACCAGAGAAAAAUACUCACUCCUUUCCAAAUGGUAUUGUUAACUUUCAUGCGUCUUAGAUUGGAUCUGCCUGCACUACACCUGGCCCAUCUCUUCGGUGUGUCUCCAAAGACUGUAUAUAGGACAUUUAAUGACACUAUGGCAUUCUUGUAUGCAAACCUGAAGCGUUCCAUUGUAAGGCCUGACAGGGACACUCUGCGUAGCGUUAUGCCACACCAGUUUGUGGAGGCAUUUGGACACAGAGUUGCAGUAAUAAUUGACUGUUUUGAGAUUUUCACAGAAAGACCGACCAACCUGAAGGCACGUGCCCAGAUGUUUUCCAGUUACAAGCACACACACACCAUGAAAUAUUUGAUCGGUAUUACACCCAAGGGAUUAAUUUGUUUUCUAUCAAAAGGUUGGGGUGGCCGUACAAGUGAUAAACAUAUUACGCAGAACAGCGGGUUUCUUAACAACUUGCUGCCUGGUGAUAUUGUUAUGGCUGACAGAGGCUUUGACAUUCAGGAAAGUGUUGGUAUGUUGUGUGCAGAGGUAAAACUUCCAGCAUUUACAAAAGGUCGCUGUCAACUGGCUGCAAGGGAUGUAGAGGAGACUAGAAAGAUAGCACACUUGAGAAUUCAUGUCGAAAGGGUCAUUGGGAAUAUUUGUCAAAAGUACAGAAUCCUAACAGGAACUAUACCCAUCAACAUAAUCCUUCCAUGUGAAGGUGAGGAUGUCACAUUUCUGGACAAGAUCGUCACUGUGUGUUGUGCACUGACUAACCAAUGUCCAGCCAUAGUUUAGAAUGGACUUUUCUUUCCUGUGAGUGUGUUUAGGAUCCUGUUCAACUUUUGAGUAGCACUACUAGUGCAAGGGGCUAGAUUGUAUAUAUG